AUGGGGGAGGAACGGACGAACGGGAGAAAGAAAAAGGAACGAGCGUACGUGCUCUUCCGGGCCGUUUGGAUUCUGGGAAAUGCGGUGGCGUCCCUGCCACCAAGAUCCGUGGCUGCAGCGAGGAGAAGAGAGAGAUGGGCGGGGCGGAGCGCCGCGAGGGGCCGCCAAGGCGUCUGGAGUGGCGGUCCUUCGGCGGGCUGGGCACUGGGCCACUGGCUGGAGAUGCGGCUCUGCAACGAGGGAGAGAGCUGCAGCGAGGGAGGGAAAGAGAGGGGCGCUAGAGGAGGAGGCUCGCUGCGGGAUGGUGACGAGUCUGGGGCGGCGGAGGCGCAGUUCGCGUCGCGCGUGAAAAGGGUCGGGGCCCGGGGGAGGAGGAGGAGAGGAGCAAGCUGA